ACAAUGUAAAUAAUCCUCAAUCAAUGUAGGUAAUGGAUAAUGUAUUUGGAAUAUAAUCUCAAAAAUCUUGUGUAUUUAUUAGUUUUUGGCUUCAUUUUUUAUUUCCGUAAGCAGAAACCUCGGAGAAGGACAGGAUGCACGAUAAAAUCAAUCGUCUCCCGGAAGUAUGGAAAACGUGUAAUAAGAUCCGUGCAGCUGCGUUCCGCGUUGGACUCAACUUAUGGGACUGGUACCGCCCUCUGGACCCCGAUGGCAACAACAUUAUAUCAGAGUCGAAGUUCGUAUCGAUCCUGGCGGGGCCGCUACGCUCGGUGACCGGGCUGAGUGACGCGGAGAUUGCGCAGCUGGCCGACUACUUCCGAACCCAGGAUGGACGCGUGCUGUACCACCAGCUGUGCUCCGUUAUACAUGGGGAAGACCGCGCCACCAACGCGCAGGCCUCAUCCAACUGUCUGCUGGAGGCGUGCCCGCCGCCGCCGCCGCCCGCGUGCCGCUCGCUGGACCGCUGGCAGCGCCGCCGCGUGUGCUGCCUGCUCGCCACCAUCGGGGGCAGGGACGUGCCGCUGCAGCCCUACUUCCAGGACUAUGAGCUGGUAGCCAAGAACGACGGUCGCAUCACAUUCGCGCACUUCGCCCGCAUCCUCAACCACGUGGGGCUGCUGCUCGCGCCGGACGACUUCAACCUGCUGGUGCGCCGGUUCAUCGUGGACUCCUACACGCUGGAUUAUGUCGAGUUCCUGAAGGAAAUCGAGGCGGUGAAGAAGAUGGGCAUCGCUGGACUUGGGCCUGAGUACCUCCACCCUCAUGCAGUGCUAGACACGACUCCGGAAAAGCUGGCUCGUCCAGAAAUAGACGCUGGUCUGCCGACCACGGCACUGGGACCCAAUGACGUGUUCCAUCCGAUACUGAAGCCGAAACCGCCUACCAGACAACUGGUGGAGAUUAUGCUCAGGGUUCAGGAGUUUGUCAAGCAGAGGAGGAUACGGAUUUCAGAGUUUUUACGGGAGCACGACCCUCUGAACAGCGGUCGCAUGGCUCCGGAGAACUUCCGUCGCGCCCUGGACACGUGCGGGCUGCACCAGGUUCUUACUCCAGACGAGGUGCUCUGCAUCAUGAAGCACUACAUGGACCCUAAUGACAGCAGGCGAGUCUGCUGGCGCACGUUCGAGGACGACUGCGAUCAGGUAUUCACGACAAAAGAGCUCGAGAAGCACCCAGACUUCGUUCCCGGCGGUGUCAGCGAGCUGGUGGCCGCUUUGCCGCCGGCGGGGUCGGCGGAGGCGCGCGGGGACGUGUCUGAAGACAGCCUGGACCUGUGCCAGGCCGCCAUGCUGAGGGUCCGGGCUGCUUGCAAGGAGCGGUCAAUUGAUCUCAGGCCCGCGUUCCGGGAUCAUGAUGAACACAACAACGGGCACGUGUCGCGCGCGCACGUGCGGCGCGUGCUGGCUCGGCUGGGCGUGCUGCCCACGGCGGCGCAAGUGAGGGCUCUGGAGUACCGCUACCUAGACGACUGUGGGUUCAGCUAUCUGCGGUUGUUGGAGGAUCUGGAAGAGCGUCCGGUGGAGAGCGCGGUGCUGGCGGGCCCCUCGGCGGUGGUGCGGCAGUCCAGCAAGUCACGUGGACCGAGUCCUCUGGAGACGGAUAUUGUGCAGAUACUGGCCAAGAUCAAGGGCAAGAUGGUGCGUGAAGGCGUUCGCCCCAUGGAGUUCCUGCGUCAGUUCGACCCUCACAAUGAGCUUGUGGUGCCCCGAGCUGACUUCUACCGCGGCCUGGCCAGCGCCGGCGUCUCGCUCACCCCCGUGGAGAUGGACACGCUCAUGGAAGUCUUCGCGGCCCCAGCGCGCCGUCGGUUCAUAGACUACGUGCGUUUCUGCGACACAGUGGGCGAAGCCCUGACGCAGGGCGGGCUGGAGCGCGCGCCGCUGUUGACGCCCGUGCCGCACAUCCCGACCAUAGACACGCCGCUCAACUUCCUCAACUUCGAGGAGAGGCAUAUUGUCUCUGGCGCGAUGGCCAAGCUGGCUAAGUUUCCGGAUCAGCUGUCCAAUAUUAUGGAGGUUUUCAAGGACAUAGACAAGCAGCAGUGCGGCUCGCUGCCUCGCGUGUCGCUGGACCGCGCGCUCGGGCAGCGGGGGCUGCUGCCGCUGCUGAGUGCCAGGGAGCGGGAGCUCGUGUACAAGUGCUUCGGGUAUAGAAAAGGGUGCGGGGAUGAGGUGAACUACCGUGCCCUGAGCAAGGCACUAGACAUUUUGUUUGCGACUUCGAGCGCGCCGUGCUAAGGGGCCCGCUGCUUAGAACGAGUCACAUCACGUCGUCUUCAUCUCUGUUCACACUAAAACAUCACGUGGUAAUG